AUGUUACAAAAAUUAGUUGGAAAUAAAAAUUCGUGUUUUGUACAUACCCAUGAGGAAGAAACUACUUUAAAUCGGCAAAAAAUAAAUAAUUCUUGUAAAAGAAAAGCAGUAGACAGCGUUGUUGAAAAACCUUCAACAAUUAUCAGACGAGAACUUACACAACAUGAAAAUGAAGGUAAUUUGUUAAUGUCUGAUAUUAAACUUAUUUCCAGAAAUGUACAAAAUGCUAGAGCCAGUUGUUAUCCUAAAAUACCAAAGUCAAGAAAAGAAGUUCAUAAUACUUUGAGAUAA